AUGUCUACCUAUAGUACGAGGGUUGACCAAUUUAAAAAAAUUUUAACUGAGGAUAAGCUCGAUUUACAUCAAUUACGCCAAUUAUGCUUCAAUGGAAUUCCAGACAUUGCAUGGAUAAGGCCACUGGCUUGGAGGCUAUUAUUAGGGUAUUUACCUGCCAAAAGAUCUGGGUGGGAUAAUAUUCUUAAAGCAAAAAGAGACCUAUAUGACAGCUUUCUCGACGAUAUUAUUAUUAAUCCUAGCCUCGCUGCUGACGAUGAAAAUGAAGGAGAUCAUUUGCAUGAUGUCAAUGAUCAUCCGCUUAGCCUAGAUCCGGAAAGCCAAUGGGUGACAUACUUUAAGGAUAACGAAGUCUUGUCACAAAUCGAUAAAGAUGCUAGGCGUUUAUAUCCCGACAUGUCUUUCUUUCAAAAAGCAACUGAAUUUCCAUGUAAGAAAAAAGGUUCCCAAGCUCUAAGAAAACGCGUUGAGAAAACUGUAUUAUUAGAGUCGAAAGUAACGACCAAUAGACAAGGUGUUCAAAAGAUCAAAAAUAAGUCUAAAGAUCAAGAGUAUCACACUUUAUCAGAAGGCGAAGAAGCCCACUGGGAGGUAGUAGAGAGGAUGCUGUUUAUUUAUGCAAAGUUAAACCCUGGCAUCGGCUAUGUUCAGGGAAUGAAUGAAAUUAUGGGUCCAAUAUAUUACAUUUUUGCUGUUGACAGCAAUUCUGAAUGGAAAAGAUUUUGGAUGCAACGCGUAUGUCAGUCUAUUCGCUAUAAAGAUAGUGCAGUAUGGCAAGUUCUCGAAGAUAAAGGAAUUCGUCCAGAAUUUUAUUGCUUCCGUUGGUUCACACUGCUUCUAUCUCAAGAAUUUCCUCUGCCCGAUGUAAUUAGAAUUUGGGAUUCGCUAUUCGCGGAAGAGAAUAGAUUCGAAUUUUUGCUAUGCGUAUGUUGCGCAAUGCUAAUGUGGGUACCGCCAGUUGUUAAAAAUAAUCUUAUCAUGUCUGUACACUUUAAAAAGCUAACAUAUGAUUUCACUGAUUACCUUAAUAGUUUGGUUAGAGAUGAAAUUCUUCAAGGCGAAUUUGCGGAUAUUAUCAAAACGUUGCAAAAUUAUCCAGUUAGUGACGUUCAUAUCAUUCUAAAGAAGGCAGCGGAACUCAGAGGAAUGUAA